CCCCUUUGCAGAGCCACUCUUGGCAAGCUCCCUGUGCAUGAUGGCUGUAGGUGGGGUGAAGGUGUCUGGAGCACCCAGGCAGCAGAGAUGGCUGAGAAAAGGAUCAGGGGACAAGGGGCCACACCCCAUUCAGAAUGAAGGGCAGCACUUAGAGGAUAUUGAUUUAAUUGAUAUCCUGUGGAGACAGGAUAUUGACCUUGGUGCUGUGCAUGAGAUUUUUGACUACAGCCACCCUGAGAAGAAAAACAAUGUGGACAAAGAACCAAAUAAUGGGGAGGAAUGUGGGGAUGGAUGGAGAAACAGAGGGGACAGAAUCACUGACAGAACUGUGGUAGUGGAUGGCAAGACAGGAGAGAGCAUCCCUGCACAGUUUCCAGCUGCAGAUGUUUCCAGCCUAACUGACUCUCAGCCAAAUGAGAGUGGCCCUUCUGUCAUUUCAGAUGGGCUCCUGGCUCCCCUUCUGACAGAGGCAGAGUUGCCCUUUGAUCUGGAGCAGCAGUGGCAGGACCUCAUGUCUAUCAUGGAAACACAGAGCAUGGAGGUAAACAGCACAACUGUAGAAACUCUAUACAACAGCUCAAGUGAAAAUCUUCUGACAGCCAACUAUAGCCUUGCUCCAUCCACCCCUAUUAACCAUAAUGUCAGCCUGCAUCAGGCAUCGCUGGUUGGCUGCACACAAGACUUCCCUUCCCUAUUCAGCUCUGAAAUUGAAAGUCCCUCAGUGGCUGGUGGCUCAGCUUUGUUGCAACUGGUUCCUGAUAACUCCACUGACUUCAACACCGCAUUUGGCUCUACCAACCUAAGUGGAAUCUUUUUUCCUCCCCAGUUAAACUGCACUGUAAAUGAAACAUCUGGGUCUGAACUCCCAGAUCCUCUUGGAGGGCUCCUGGAUGAAGCCAUGCUAGAUGAGAUUAGUUUAAUGGAUUUGGCUAUUGAAGAAGGCUUCAACCCAGUGCAGGCAUCCUGCUUGGAAGAGGAAUUUGAUUCAGAUUCAGGGCUCUCCCUGGAUUCAAGUCACAGUCCUGCUUCUCUCAGCAGCUCAGAAGCAUUAUCAUCCUCUUCAUCCUCUUCCUCCUUUUCUGAGGAAGGAGCUGUAGGCUACAAUUCUGAUACUGAAAAUGUGGACUUUGAAGAUGCAGAAAGAGCUGUUGGGUAUCAGCCAGAAUAUAGCAAGUUCUGUCGGAUGAGCUACCAGAAUCCUCCUCAAUUGCAGUACCUGCCUUAUCUUGAGCAUGUGGGUCAUAAUCACACAUACAACAUGGCCCCCAGGACCUUAGACACUGAUGAUCCCCAGCCAGCUAGUGUGGGAAAGAAGAGUUCCAAAGAGAAGCAAGCAGAUUUUAUAGAUAAGCAGAUGAGCAGAGAUGAACAUAGAGCCCGAGCCAUGAAGAUUCCUUUUCCCAAUGAAAAGAUCAUCAAUUUGCCAGUAGAGGAAUUCAAUGAACUCCUGUCCAAGUAUCAGUUGAGUGAAGCACAGCUGAUCCUAAUCCGUGACAUUCGUAGAAGGGGUAAGAAUAAGAUGGCAGCCCAGAAUUGUCGUAAGAGAAAACUGGACACUAUACUCAAUCUGGAGCGGGAUGUAGACGAUUUGCAGAGAGACAAAUCAAAGCUGCUCAGGGAGAAGGUGGAAUUUCUCAGGUCCAUCCGCCAGAUGAAGCAAAAAAUGCAGACCCUCUACCAGGAAGUAUUUGGCCAUCUGCGUGAUGAGAAUGGCCAGCCCUAUUCCCCAAAUCAGUAUAUUCUACAGCAUGCCAGUGAUGGCAGUGUUAUUCUAAUAUCACGUUCCUUGGCUAACCAGCAGGGGUGGUGUCAAGAGAGGAAACAAAAAGACAGGAGGAAGUGACAGAUGUUGAAUAUCAUUUGGAAAGCAUAAAACUUGCUGAAUCUGCAACUUCGAGAAAGGCUGAGCCCAGAAGAAUUUGGAGGAACUUUCAUGCCUUCUUAUCUAAUAUAUCUUCUCAAAUCAUGCUUGCUUCCAGCCAGUGUAUAGGAGCAUACUGCUGGGCAGGGGGCCUACAAGUCUUGAGAGGUGGAAUGGCAAAGCAUGUUGGGAAAGACCUGUGCUUCCAGACGCCUCAAACCAAUUGAACAUAUAAGAGUGUGAAUUAGCUGGCAUAAUGUGUGUGUGGGGAGGGGGGAAA